UUGGUAAAGUUAAGAUUUUGACAAUUAGGCAACACCACCCACUGGCCAGAGAACGUAUAUAAAUAUAAUUAUACGUUCUCUGCACCGGCCAAAUAAACGUCAAUAACCAUAACAAAUGUGUUUAGCAAACUAUAUUUCACAUUAAUUUGCAAUAUAUACGAGAAUUAAGUAAAAAAAAUAUUGUAAACACAACGGCAUGGACAGUGAGCUACGUAGCAAAGUAGAAUCAUGUUGUCGUACAGCCGAGGAUUUCACAAAACUAUACUACACAUCCUUUGAUAAGCGACGACAUCAAAUGGGUCGUAUGUAUCUUGAUAAUGGCUUACUUGUGUGGAAUGGUAAUGGUUCAAGUGGCAAAGAUAAUAUACAAAAAUAUCUAAUUGAUUUACCUACUUCGGAGCAUACAAUAACCAAUUUGGAUGCACAACCGAUUAUUGAUGAAGCCGUUGGCGGGCAGUUAACUUAUAUGAUACAAGCCGGUGGUACUGUGCGCUACGCUGAUGAAGGCGUGCGACCAUUCCAGCAGACGUUUAUCAUCACCGCACAAGAGGAUAAAUGGAAAAUUGCAAGCGAUUGUUAUAGACUGCAGGAUGGGCUAGCACGUACAGAAAAUUAGCUUAAGUAAGAAGAACGACGGUUAGACAAUACAAACAGCAUAUUUUAUACAACAGAAAAUAAAGAAAUACAACACGAAAUGUUGGUCACUGA